CUAUAUAUGUAUAAAGCACUUCGCAAACCUCAUUGUCUGUGUCUGUAUAGAGAUAGCAUUUGCUUCAAUUCUUCUCUCUGAUCUUCUUCAACACUACAAUACGCCUUUGAAUUGCCGUCUUUCUCGACCGAAUCGAUCGAUCGAUUUCUCAGUUAGGAUCGAUCGAUUUCUCAGUUAUACGACGAUAAAUUGAAGUCGAAUUGAAUCGGAGAUGAAGAUCGCAUUGGAUUCGAUCUUUACGGGAUGUUUUAGGGCGGCGCCGGCGGCGGCCGGGAAUGUCGACGAUAUGCCGGCGACGCCGAAGAAGCCGAGGAGAGAGGUUACGAAGCAGGCGUCGUUUACGAGGAUUCCGGCGACGGAGCUGAGCUCCUCCGCGCUGUCGGAGGAUCUGUCGAUCUCGCUAGCCGGUUCCAACAUUCACGCGUUCACACUGCAGGAGCUGAAAGUGAUCACGCAGAGCUUCUCCAGCAGCAAUUUCCUCGGCGAGGGAGGAUUCGGACCGGUUCACAAGGGGUUCAUCGAUGAUAAGCUUAGACCGGGUUUGAAGGCCCAGCCCGUUGCUGUUAAGCUCCUUGAUUUGGAUGGCUCCCAAGGUCAUAGAGAAUGGCUGACAGAAGUGAUAUUCCUGGGGCAAUUGAGACACCCACAUCUUGUGAAGCUGAUUGGGUAUUGCUGCGAAGAGGAACAUAGGCUUUUGGUCUACGAGUACAUGCCCAGAGGCAGCUUGGAAAAUCAGCUCUUUAGAAGAUAUUCAGCAUCACUUCCAUGGUCAACAAGAAUGAAAAUUGCUCUUGGAGCUGCAAAGGGUCUUGCCUUCCUCCAUGAAGCUGAAAAGCCUGUCAUUUACCGCGAUUUCAAAGGCUCAAAUAUCUUGCUGGACUCUGAUUACAAUGCUAAGCUCUCUGAUUUCGGACUUGCUAAGGAUGGUCCGGAAGGUGACGACACUCACGUCUCCACCCGUGUGAUGGGUACCCAUGGUUACGCUGCUCCAGAAUACAUCAUGACGGGACAUUUGACUGCAGCGAGCGAUGUGUAUAGUUUCGGAAUUGUGUUACUUGAAUUGUUAACGGAUGUGUAUAGUUUCGGAAUUGUGUUACUUGAAUUGUUAACGGGUCGAAGGGCAAUAGAUAAGACUAAACCACAAAGGGAACAAAACUUGGCGGACUGGGCACGACCGCAGUUAAAAGAUCCGCGAAAACUCCGGCGGAUAUUGGAUCCGAGACUGGAGGGAAUGUACUCGGAGGCCGGAGCCCAGAAGGCGGCGCUGCUGGCGUACGAAUGCCUGAGCCACCGGUCAAAAAGCCGGCCGACGAUGAGCACGGUGGUCAAGACAUUGGAACCUCUAAAAGAUUACAAGGAGGUUUCAUCGGUAACAUUCGUGUACACAGCCCCGACAGAAAAAGAUACAAAAACAAUAAGUGUUGAAAAAGAUCAUGGGGAAGAAGAGCAAAAGGAGUUGAAGAAAGAAACUGAGGAACACCGCCACAAACACCACCACCACCAUCGUCACCACCACCAGAACCGCCAUCAACAUGAUCACAAGCACAGGACGAGAAGUCCCAAUUCCACGAUGGUUUACUCUGAAACAGCUCUGGAGCAGAAAUUAAGAUCGAAUAACUCUCCUUACAUCAUGGAAUGAAGAGAGCUUAAUCGUAUCACGAUAAGACGUUGCAAGUCAAAUUGUAUAUAUAGAUUUGCUUUUGUAUCAUCAGCAACUAUAAGUAUACGAUUUUUCAUUUCUUGAUUUUUUUUUGGAGAAGUUGUACUUACCCUUUUACUUAAUACUAUACUUACAGCAACAAACAAUGUCACAAGAUAAUGGAUGCUAAAAUGUUUGGUUUUUGGAAAUAAAUAUUUUUGUGGAA